AAGACAAUUAAAUUACAUAAAUGCAUGUAUACGUAUAUACUCUGCUCCACGAGAAAAGAAAACUGAAUAGACGAGAUUUCAUUCUUUCUGCGUGUGUGACUGAGAUGGUACUACGUACUGUAUAACCCAUGAUAAUUUACCAGCGCAGUUUAGACGAUUGUGAUAUAUUUAUCGAGCUGACAGAAAGUUUCAUGAUUUUCAAUGCACGUUGAUUUCAGUAUGUUACGCUUAUUACAUAAAUAACUUUUUAUAAUAUUCAAAACUCUCUAACAAAAGUUGAGUACCAAAAGAUUUUCGAGCAAUUGACUAAAUAAAUUGACGGACAUUAUGCCGAAUUCAUAGGAGGUAAAAAUAUUCGUUUGACAUCCGUUUCUCAUCGGCAAUUGGCAGAAAUAGAGGAGGAUAGACUUUUAAGUCUUAUGACGGAUGAUGAGGACCGCCUUCCCUCAGCCGGUAUUUUUUCUAGCGAAACCAGAUUUACUCUCGCGUGUUCAUCGUCUGUGGUGUAAAGUCUAACCAUAAAUCUAUAUAAUCGUCGAUAUGUUUGGCAUAUGGCACGUCUUCUUUUAUAUCAUUCCAAUUAAGCGUAAAACAUGGAAUGUAUGAUCUUUUUAAAUAAAAAGCAGUGCAAUUCUUUGUAAGACGUAAUAAAUAAAAGAAAAUUAUAAAAAAUGAAGCUGAUAUCAAAAAACAUUGAUAAAGAUGGAGAAGGGAAAGUGUCCCUUGUCCCUGAAAAUACUGAAGAUAUGUGGCAUGCAUAUAAUCUUAUUAGCGAAGGCGAUUUUGUUAGUUGUUCUACUAUAAGAAAGGUGCAAAUGGAAUCUGCAACUGGGAGUUCUAACAGUUACAGAGUUAGAACUACGCUUACAAUAUGUGUAGAAGGUAUUGAUUUUGAUACACAGGCAUGUGUUUUAAGAUUAAAAGGUAGAAACGUAGAAGAAAAUAAAUAUGUUAAGACAGGGGCAUAUCAUACAUUGGAUGUUGAACAGAAUAGAAAGUUUUCAAUUACUAAAGCAAAAUGGGAUUCUGUUUCUUUGGAAAGAGUUGAUAUGGCAUGUGAUCCUACACAGAAUGCAGAUGUUGCUGCUGUUAUAAUGCAAGAAGGUAUAGCUCAUAUUUGUUUAAUAACUACCAAUAUGACAAUAGUCCGUGCAAAAAUAGAUCAAGUAAUUCCUAGGAAAAGAAAAGGAAAUGUCUCACAGCAUGAAAAGGGUUUAACAAAAUUUUAUGAUAGCAUAAUGCAAGGAAUCUUAAGGCACAUCAAUUUUGAUAUUGUGAAAUGCAUUAUUCUUGCUAGUCCUGGCUUUGUUAAAGAUCAGUACAUGGAUUAUAUGAUACAACAAGCCAUUAAAUCAGACAACAAAAUAAUAUUAGAAAAUAAGAGCAAAUUCUUGCUUGUGCAUUCUAGUUCCGGUUUUAAACACUCACUGAAAGAAGUUUUGGCUGAGCCUGCCGUUGUUUCCCGAAUUUCCGAAACAAAAGCAGCAGGUGAAGUAAAAGCUCUAGAAGCGUUUUACACGAUAUUACAGACUGAUCCUGCAAGAGCUUUUUAUGGAAAAAAACAUAUUCAGAAAGCCAAUGAAGCUCAAGCUAUUGAAACCUUACUUAUCUCGGAUAAAUUAUUCAGAUGUCAAGAUGUUCUGACGAGAAAGGAGUACGUUGAGAUAGUCGAGAACGUUAAAGAUUCUGGCGGCGACGUAAAGAUAUUUUCCAGUUUGCACGUAUCAGGUGAACAAUUAGAUCAAAUUACUGGAAUAGCAGCUAUACUACGUUUCCCUAUGCCAGAAUUAGAAGACGAAAGCGACGGAGAAAGCGAUACGGAAAAAGAUGAUUAAAGUGGCAACUUAAUACAUUAACGAACAACUUUGUAUAUAUUUGUGCUGUGCGCAAUUAAAAAUAUAUUAAUAAUAAAACUGAAAACUUA